AUGAAGGUUUACGAUAAUGGAUACAUAUUCACAUAUGACAAGGAUUCAUCCUGUGGACAACGAAGUUUUUGGCGUUGUGAACGCAAAAAUGAAUGUCCAGCACGAGUGCACACAAAUCCUUUGACAAACCAGAUUAUCAAACGUCUUCAUCAUCACUCACAUGAGCCACCAAAUCCGGAUGAGCUUCCACCUUGGUUGUUGUUCAAAAACGAAGAAGGUACAACACCUCCACCGGGAGACUAUGCACAGACAUCAUCCCCACCCGGUACAUGCGUCUUAUUGCCGUGUCCAGUGCUACCUGGAGGAUCCACA